AUGAAAGUAACCAUCAGAUGUAGUAACGGAGAUACAUUCUCUAUUGAUAACGUGGAUCUCGACAAUACAGUUGAAGAAUUUAAACAAGUAGUUGCGAGUCAUUCCAAUAUUCCGGCCUCCGAUCAACGUUUAAUCUAUAGAGGAAAAGUACUCAAGGAUCAAGCCACUUUGAAGAGUUAUGGCGUUGAAGAGGGGCUUACCAUUCAUUUGGUAAGAGGAAAACCAUCGGGUGCUGCUACUACCACUUCUUCAACAACCACUCCAUCGGCAACAUCAACAACAACCACUCCACCACCAUCAACCACCACUUCGUCAAAUGUACCACCAUCCUCUACUACCACUAGCACAACAACCACUAAUAACACCACCUCACAAACCGCCCCCAAUCAACAACAAAAUCCAUUCAGUUUGUUUGGAAAUUUAGGUGGUUUUGGUGGAGAUAAUAACAACAACAUGUUCGGAGCAGGUGGAUUUCCAAAUGUAGAUCCUAACAUGAUGCAACAAAUGAUGAAUAAUCCUUUCGUGCAAAGUAUGCUCAACAAUCCAGAUUUCAUUCGUGAAAUGAUGAAUUCGAAUCCUCAAAUGCAACAAAUUAUGAGAAAUAAUCCUGAAGUUGGUAGAAUGCUUCAAGAUCCUGAAAUGAUCAGAAGAGCAAUGGAAAUGGCAAGAAAUCCAGAGCUCAUGAGAGAAAUGAUGAGAAACACUGAUUUAGCCAUGAGUAAUAUUGAAAAUCUUCCAGGAGGUUUUGACGCUCUUAGAAGAAUGUACAGCGACAUUCAAGAACCUUUACACGAAGCCACAACUGAAAUGUUUAGAGGAACAACAACUACACCAGAGCAACCAACAACGUCAAACACUACUUCUGUACCACCUGGACAACCAUUCAACAUGUGGGGAAAUAAUUCAACAGGAACAGCAGCAACAACAACAACACCACCACCUUCUUCCAACACAUCGUCAACUGGAAACACAGGCAAUACAACAAAUGCGAACCCAUUUGCAAACAUGUUUGGUGGCAUGGGAGGAAUGGGAUUCCCAAACAUGGGCGGAAUGAACCCACAACAAGUUCAACAAAUGAUGAACAAUCCUUUCAUGCAAAGAAUGAUGACAGAAAUGCUUUCCGAUCCACAAAUGUUAGAUCAGCUCAUCAACUCAAAUCCAAUGUUACAGCAAAUGACCCAAAGCAAUCCAAUGUUGAGAACCAUGUUGAGCAAUCCCCAAUUUAUUCAACAUGUCAUGCAAUUGCAAGGAAUGAUGAAUCAAUCUCAAGGUGGUACUAAUACUUCGUCGACAACUGGAGGAAAUGCUUUCCCUCAAAUGCCAAAUCCAUUCUUAUUUGGCAAUCCAUGGAUGGGUGGACAAAUGCCAACAACAACUGCCAAUACACAACCUCCACGAGAGCGAUUUGCCGCACAGCUUUCUCAACUCCAAGAAAUGGGCUUUUUUGACGAGCAAUCAAAUAUUGAGGCUCUUUUGGCCACCAAUGGAAAUGUAAAUGCUGCCGUUGAAUAUCUGCUGUCCAACCCUCCACCAUCAAGAAAUAUGUAA